AUGUCAAAAGCCGUCAAACUCAUCGAGUACGCUAUCGCUGGUAAUCUCACUGAACAAAACUUUGCUGUUAUCAAUGAAGAAGUGCCUGGGUCAGAGACUCUGAAAAAAGAUCAACUGUUAGUCCGUGUUAUGGACCUAUCGGCUGACCCGCAUAUGCGCAUGUAUGUAUCAAAAGGAUCAUACUACAGCUUCCCUUUAGACCAAGCUAUAUCAGGUAUUGGAGUUGGAAUAGUUGAAGCGUCCACUUCGGAUGAUUUCAAGCCUGGAGACGCUGUCAGCAACCCAAACAUGGCUUGGGCGAACUAUUCCGUCGUUCAUGCUGCCACUAGUAUGAAACUAGAUACCGCCAAUUUCCCACUCAACGCGCACCUCGGCGUUCUUGGAAUGACAUCUUUCACUGCAUAUCUUGGCUUAGCCCUAGCCAAACCCAAGCGAGGAGAAACUAUUGUGGUCUCUGCUGCGGGUGGCGCGGUAGGGCAGAUUGUCAUUCAAUUAGCCAAGGAACUAGGUCUCUAUGUUGUAGCUAUUUCCAGUUCAAAUCAGAAGAACCAGUAUGCGGAGUCGCUCGGAGCUAAUGCUUCGAUUAAUUACAAGACCACAAACGACAUGGCAGCAGCGCUUCAAACUGUCGCUCCAAAAGGAAUCGACAUCUUUUGGGAUAAUGUUGGUGGAGAACUCCUUGAUCUCAUACUAACCAAGUUCAACAAGUUCGGACGUGCAAUUGUUUGUGGAGCCAUCAGUCAAUAUUCUGCUGACGGAAGUGAGGUGUACAGAUUGAAAAAUGUCCAAAACAUAAUCACUUCCAGCGUAUCUUUGAUUGGAUUUUUAUUCUCUGAUUACAUGGACACUCAUUACUACACGGACUUUAUCGCCAAAUUCACCACAUUGGUUAAUGAAGGAAAAAUCAAAUAUAAAUUGGAUGUCGUGGAUGGCAUCGAAAAAGCCCCUCGUGCCUUCAUAGACCUCUUUGGAAGCGCUAACUUUGGAAAGCGAAUCAUUCAUGUAGCUGAUCCCUAGACAAUUUUUUCCAAUUUCGAAUCUAUAUCGUAGUUUAGUGUAUCCACGAAAUACCUUCACAUAUUGUAUGCAAUAAUGUUAUAGCAGAGACGAUG